UGAAGUAGAGAAAAAGAUAUAUAUAUAUAUAUAUAUAUAUAUGUUGUGUUGUGUGUUUGGUCAGCAGGAUCAGCUGUUAUUUGUUAUUGUUGAUGCAAAUGUAAAAUUGUAGAAGUGGAAGUAGUAUAUGUGAAUGUUUUGAGAUUUGUUGAAUUUUGAAGUUCGUAAAAUUAAAUUUCCUCUAUAGAGUUAUUCCAGGAAUCCCGAAAUUAUGUCAAUGAGCCAUUAUAAUUAUUUGUUAAAUCUUUCUAAUAAUGAUAUUGUCAGAAUUUCUAAAAGAAAGUUUUCAGUUGGUCGAAGUUUGGAAUCAGAUUAUGUUCUCAACUGCACGUCAAUCUCCAGAAUUCAUUUUUACAUUGAGCAAAGUGGUAGAAGAUGGUUUUUACACGAUAAUAGUACAAAUGGAACUUUAGUAAACAAGAUUCUUGUUAAAUCUGAGUAUGCAAUUCUACAUGAUGGGGAUUUAAUAGAAUUCGUUGGAGGAACAAUCUGUUUCAAAUAUUCAGAAGAACAAAUGAUUGAUAACAACUCAAUUUCUGAACAAAUGACUUCAACAACUAGGAAUACUUUGCCUAGUGUAUCUAAUGAUCAAAGUUAUGAAAGAGGAGAAGCUGAUAGCCAACAAACUUCUUCAGUGAGUGAUGAUGUAAUGGAUCUUACAUCUUCCACAGAUUCUUCAUUUUCUACUAUUGAAAGUGUUCAGAAAAAAAAUGAUGUAGAAUUAGAUGAAGAAACUCCUGUAGAGAAAAGUAAGCAUAUUGAAGAGACUUCUGAGGAGCCAAAACUUGAGUGUGAAUUGGAGGCUUCUGAAUUAGAGUGUAGUAUUUGUCAAGAACUAUAUAUCAAGGCCACAACAUUAAACUGUGCUCAUACUUUCUGUAGUUCAUGUAUAAUGAGGUGGAGAAGUCAGAAGAGCCACUGCCCGAUUUGUAAAAAACGCAUAGAAAAUGCGAGCCCAACAAUAAUCCUUGAUAACUUGGUCAAAAAGCUUGUGUCGGUGAUGGAUCAAAAUAAUAGAGAACAUAGGAACAAAAUUGUUGAAGAACGGACAGAGGAAAUCGUUCCAGCCCCAACCGAAACUAUAGCAGGUGCCGGCCGUAGUACUUCACCUGGAGUAUUUUACGUUUCAUAUGCAGGCAUGCAUAAUUCCGACCCUCCAUAUGAUGUAGAUCAUCACUAUGCGGAGUAUAUGUUAGAUAGUGAAGAAGCCAGACGUAGUAGGAGUGUAUGGACUCCUUAUUUGACUAGGGAGAGAAGGGCAUUCUUUUAAUCCAUGAAAUACUGAUCAAUAUUUUUUCUGUAUAUACUUUUUACUGAGAAAUAUAAGUUGUUAUAUUAUUAA